CCGCCCGCCUGUUGCGGCGGGAGCGCACCCUCUCCGCGGAGCUUCUUCGCUGCAGCAGCAGACGACAUUCCAAGAGAGGAGGUAUUAUCGUGGCCAAAGGCACUGCUUUCUGUCCAUGCUUCUGUAGAGGUGUUCAGAUGGGAUUAAAGUCCACAUGGAGAUAUGGAAAUGGACCAGGAAUUUACACUAAAAAGAUGGUCAGCUGGGAUUUGAGUUGCCUUAUAUGCCUGGUGGUGGUCACCAUGGCUGGACUUUCCCUGGCUCGACCCUCCUUUAAUUUAGUUGUUGAAGAUGCCACGUUGGAACCUGAAGAGCCACCAACCAAAUACCAAAUCUCUCAGCCCGAUGUAUAUUCAGCACUUCCAGGAGAACCACUUGAGUUGCGCUGUCAGUUGAAAGACGCCGUCAUGAUCAGUUGGACUAAGGAUGGGGCCCCUUUGGGGCCUGACAAUAGGACAGUGAUUAUUGGGGAAUACUUACAAAUUAAGGAUGCUACACCCAGAGAUUCGGGCCUGUAUGCUUGCACUGCUCUUAGGACCCUAGACAGUGAUACGCUGUACUUCAUUGUAAAUGUUACAGAUGCUCUUUCCUCUGGGGAUGAUGAAGAUGACAAUGAUGGUUCUGAGGACUUUGUGAAUGACAACAACCAGAUGAGAGCACCCUAUUGGACACACACAGACAAAAUGGAGAAAAGGCUGCAUGCGGUGCCAGCAGCUAACACUGUAAAGUUUCGCUGUCCAGCUAUGGGAAACCCAACACCAACCAUGCGAUGGCUGAAAAAUGGGAAAGAAUUCAAACAAGAACAUCGUAUUGGCGGUUAUAAGGUCCGCAACCAACACUGGAGUCUCAUCAUGGAGAGUGUAGUCCCGUCCGACAAAGGAAAUUAUACAUGUAUAGUGGAAAACCAGUAUGGAUCCAUCAAUCACACAUACCAUCUUGAUGUUGUCGAGCGAUCGCCACACAGACCUAUCCUCCAAGCUGGUCUCCCAGCAAAUGCCUCUGCAGUAGUCGGGGGUGACGUCGAGUUUGUCUGCAAAGUCUACAGUGAUGCUCAACCUCAUAUUCAGUGGAUAAAGCAUGUAGAGAAGAAUGGCAGUAAAUAUGGACCAGAUGGAUUGCCGUAUCUUCAGGUUUUAAAGGCUGCCGGUGUUAACACAACGGACAAAGAAAUUGAGGUUCUCUAUAUACGGAAUGUAACUUUUGAGGAUGCUGGGGAGUAUACAUGCUUGGCGGGUAAUUCUAUUGGGAUAUCCUUUCACACUGCAUGGUUGACAGUUCUGCCAGCUCCUGAAAAAGAAAAGGAAUACCCAGCAUCUCCAGACUACCUGGAAAUAGCAAUUUACUGCAUAGGGGUCUUCUUAAUUGCCUGCAUGGUGCUGACAGUCAUCCUGUGUCGAAUGAAGAACACCACCAAGAAGCCUGAUUUCAGCAGCCAGCCCGCCGUCCAUAAGCUGACUAAGCGAAUCCCUCUGCGCAGACAGGUGUCGGCCGACUCGAGCUCCUCCAUGAAUUCCAACACACCUCUGGUGAGGAUAACUACCCGUCUCUCCUCCACUGCCGAUGCCCCGAUGCUGGCAGGAGUCUCAGAAUAUGAAUUGCCAGAAGACCCAAAAUGGGAGUUUCCACGAGAUAAGCUGACGCUGGGUAAGCCCCUUGGGGAAGGUUGCUUUGGGCAAGUUGUCAUGGCUGAAGCAGUGGGAAUUGACAAAGACAGGCCAAAAGAAGCAGUGACUGUGGCAGUGAAGAUGUUGAAAGAUGAUGCUACAGAAAAAGAUCUGUCCGACCUUGUGUCAGAGAUGGAGAUGAUGAAGAUGAUUGGGAAGCACAAAAAUAUCAUCAAUCUCCUUGGAGCCUGUACCCAGGAUGGUCCAUUGUAUGUGAUCGUGGAAUAUGCUUCCAAAGGAAACCUGCGCGAGUACCUGCGAGCACGCCGCCCACCUGGAAUGGAGUAUUCAUUUGACAUUAACAGGGUACCAGAAGAGCAGAUGACGUUCAAAGACUUAGUGUCUUGCACAUACCAAUUGGCAAGAGGCAUGGAGUACUUGGCUUCACAAAAAUGUAUCCAUCGAGACUUAGCUGCGAGAAAUGUUUUGGUAACUGAAAAUAAUGUGAUGAAAAUAGCAGACUUUGGUUUAGCCAGAGACAUCAACAAUAUAGAUUAUUAUAAAAAGACUACUAAUGGACGGCUUCCUGUAAAGUGGAUGGCUCCAGAAGCUCUAUUUGAUAGAGUUUACACUCAUCAAAGUGAUGUAUGGUCCUUUGGUGUAUUAAUGUGGGAGAUCUUCACCUUAGGAGGAUCACCCUACCCAGGAAUUCCAGUGGAGGAACUUUUUAAGCUGCUUAAAGAAGGGCACCGAAUGGAUAAACCUGCCAACUGCACCAAUGAGCUCUAUAUGAUGAUGAGAGAUUGCUGGCAUGCUGUGCCUUCACAGAGACCAACUUUUAAACAGUUGGUAGAAGACUUGGAUCGAAUUCUUACUCUCACAACUAAUGAGGAGUAUCUGGACCUCAGUGGACCUCUUGAACAGUAUUCACCUAGUUACCCUGAUACUAGGAGUUCAUGUUCUUCAGGUGAUGACUCUGUUUUUUCUCCUGAUCCAAUGCCUUAUGAACCUUGUCUUCCCAAGUACCAACAUAUGAAUGGCAGUGUUAAAACAUGAGAAGAAACCAUUCUUAUUGUAUAGAGAAAUAAAGAGACAAGAACAUCAAGCUACCUACCACAUACAAAACACAAAAUCUUUUCUCCAGGACCUUAAUGUUUCUGUUUGUACAUAUGAAAUAUGAAAAAAGAGGAAAAAAAAAAAGAAAACUUGGAGGAAAACAGUCAGAACCUUCGUAAAGAAUUAUAUGAUUUGCAGCUUUUAAAUACUCCCAACAAAGAAGAAUGUUUAUGAGCUGUGUCUAGAUACCCAUCAUUUCCAAUUUUCUGGCUUACUGUAAGCUGCAACAGACUUUGUUUGUACAAUGGACCAGUUGGACUUGAGGCAAACUCUAGGUUUGCCUUUCUUGUUUAUUUUGUAAUAUUUGGAGAAAAUAUAUGUUGGCACACACUUACAGAGCACAAAUGCAGUAUAUAGGU